AUGAUAAAAAAAAAAAAUUUUAAAAUUCUGUGUUUAUCAAUAUUAUCUGGUUUAAGUUCAAUAAAAGAUUUUUCAUUUUUAGCUGAAUUAGAUUCAACAGUUGCUAUAGCAAUUCGUGUAUUUAGACGAAAAAAUACUUUACAAUUGCUUAUUUUUUUAUCGAUUGCAUUUCAAUUACAAACAAUUGGUGAGUUUUCUUUAGCAGAAAAUCUUCGUGAUAAAGGUGAUUUAAUAAAUUCAACAGUAUUAUUUACUUUACAAGGUCAAAUUUGCUCAUUAUUUCCUGGUUAUUGUUCAUAUGCAACAGAUGUUUUAACAAGUUUUAAAUUAAUUGCAAAAGGUAUUGAUACAUCAUUAACAGAACAAGCAGAUUUAAUAUUACGUUUAUUGGUUGAUUUAAGAAAUCUUAUAUCGAAAACUGAUAAUGAAACUGAUCGACAAGAAAUAGGAAAGUAUGCAAAAAAUUAUUUAUCAUUUUUAUUUUAUUUAUAUACAACUGAAAAAUGGAAUCUUUCACGUGAUCCAAUACGACAAAGUGUAUAUCAAAAAAAUAAAACGACUUAUUUACUUGAUAUUUUUUUGACUUUAAUAACAUAUUUGGAUGAAAAACGUUUAGAAUUAUUAGAAGAUAAAUUAAAACAAUUACUUACAAUGCUUCAACUUCGUUGUAUUUCAAGUUUACUUGAUAUGAGAAAUAAUCAAACAAUUAUAAAGAUUAAACAAAUUGUUCCACAAGUAUAUAUCAUAAGUGUCCCAAAAGUCCACUUCUACCAAGAAAAAAAGACAAUUUGAAUAUCUUCGUCGUGCUUUAAUCAAAUUAGUUAAUUCUUUUUUUUCUUCUGAUGAUAAAAGAAAGAUUCAAAUUUUUAUUCUUGUGAGAGAAGUUUACAAAUAAUGAUCAAACCCAUCGAUUUUGAUUGAGAUUGUGAAGGUUUACAUAAUUUACUUGAAACUGAUGAGAAGGCACGAGAUUUUAAAAGCUUCAUAUCUAGAAGAGACUAAAUCCAAUGAUUCUGAAAUCUUCUAAAAAUACUAGGCUAAUGAGGAAAAUUCCUUGACUAAUUAAUUGUUUUGAACACUAGACUAUGUGCAUCAUGUAGACCUUAAUGAGUUAUGAAUAUCUUGAAAAUAGUUCGGACUAUUAGAUUAUUACUACUGAGAUACUGUAUUCUUACGGUAUUUUUUAAGUCAAUACCGUGGUUUCCUCUAGGAAUAAAAGGAAAACUCAUUUUUAAAUUUCGACUUGAAACGUUGUGCAGAGACAAAAAUCCUAACGAGAAUAGUUUAUUGUGAAAGUUUCGGGUCUUUUGAUUUGCUUUUUUCCUGAAAUAAGAACAUCAAAUCUACUGGUGCAUAUCAGCAGUGUAAAAGAUAAGCUUUGAUAAAAGCUCUAUCUUAGGAUAGGAACAACAAAAUGAUAUGAGACUUUCAUAAUAAACUAUUCUCGCUAAGAUCUCUAUCUUUGCGAAAAGUUUCAAGUUGAAAUUUGAAAAGAAGUUUUCCUUGUAUUCUUCAAAGGGAACACGACAUUGACUUAAAACAUGGUUGUAGGACGUUUGCGCGCAUGACAUUUGUGCGCACGACUCUUGUGCGCAAGGACACUUCAGCGCAUGUCACUAGCGUGCGUGACACUUCCACGCAAAAUAAGAUAGUUUAUUUUUCCUGCAUUAAGUUGAAACAUCUUCUAAAUUUUCAUGAACUGUUCUAUAGGUGUAGAUGCGGAAUGGGUGUGUGCGGGCAUAUGGCCGCGGGUGCGCGUUGUUGAUGCGCAGUGGGAGUUAGAUAGCUCGCUAGAAGUUCGGAACUGAUGAACCGUUCGUUAAAACGAUCUGGUGUGCUCGAACAGUUCAGCUCAGAUUACAUGAACUGUUCAAAGACCACUUCCGACCUAAGGUGAACUGUUCAAGUAGUUCAGUUCAAAUGGAGACUUAAUUCAUGAAAUCAUCUAAUGGACUGCGUCUUUUGAAAGAGACAAAUUCUGCAUGGAAAACCAGGAAGCUAACACCGACAUCUGUAACGCUACAGGCAUCAGCUAGGUUUCUAAGGGUACUACUUAGGAUGCUAGACGCAUCACCUGGAUAUUGGAGGUAUUGCCUGAUUUGCUAUGGCGUAAGCUCAGAUACCACAAGUAUCACUUGGGUUAUUAGCAUUAUUUCAGGUGAUGCCAAUAGCAUCCCAGGUAAUGAUACUAUCAUCCUAGUGAUCCAUCUACCAUUCCAGUUAUUGGUGUUAGCAUAUUAGUUUUCCAAAACAAAAUAGCCUUUGAGAACAGGUGAGAUCCAUGAGAUCGUUUCCUGAAUCAGAUUUUAAUCAGUACAUGUGGAUGUGGAGUGAGGGUGUACAUAUGGGUUUUGACUUGGAUCUGAGUUUCAAGUGUGGUUUCUGAAGUAAGUUUGAAUGUUGACCUGUGGUUCUGGCCAGCAGGAUCUCUGUUCUCUUGAUUCCAUUUCGACCCCACACCGAAACGCUGUAGCCACCAGUGUGGAAGUUAAAAUGAGUCGAAACAGUGAUAACUCCAUCCAACGCACUGAGUGGAAAUAGCUGAAUCAGUAAUAACCUAUUUCAACUCUGACACUGACAGUCACACUAAAAGAACCGUUAAUGAAACUUUAGAAGAUGUAUUAACUUAACACAGAAAAAACAAACUAUCUGAUUUUGUGCGAAAGUGUCGCGCGCGCUAGUGUCAUGUGCGGAAGUGUCGUUGCGCGCACGAGUCGUGUGCACAACUGUCGUGCGCGCAAAUAUCGGCGAACAAAUGUUGUGCCAUGAUUAGGGUGUGGGUGUGGGUGUGGGUAUUCACUUCUCUUUAUCCAUACCCACAGCCACAC